AUGCAUCAACACACGCCCGAAGCAAAUGCGUCAACACGACCUACCAACGAAGAAUAUGAAGAUUCAUCUGUGUCUUCAGCCACAGAUGCAGAGAAAGAGAUCAUUGCGGCAAAUGCGCUGAAUGAGGGGACCACACAACCAUACGAAGACCCGAUUGCAGAGGAACAUCAACAUGCCGAUGGAGGCGAGGUUGAAAAACAGACGACGAGGAGGUCGAUACGGUCGGGAAAAGCUGUGUCGGUGAACAAUGUUGCUGCUAUCCCUAAUGGUGGUACCAAGGCUUGGUUGCAGNUCAAUACCUUCGGCGCAUACCAAACCUACUACGAGACCGGCAUUCUUUCGUCUUCAACACCUUCGGAUAUCUCCUGGAUCGGAUCGGUGCAAGCCUUCUUGCUGAUGCUUGUCGGUGCAUUGACGGGACCCAUCUACGAUGCUGGAUAUUUUCGCACCUUGUUGGCCGUCGGCUCUUUUGGUGUUGUCUUUGGCUUCAUGAUGCUUUCGCUGGCCAAGACAUACUGGCAGGUCAUCCUUGCACAAGGAGUUUGUGUUGGUCUGGGAUUGCUACCGCUAUGGGUAUUGCUGCUUCUGGAAGUAGUUUGGNGUGGUGUCAUCUAUCCUAUUGUCUUCUACCGUCUCGAACCACGUAUCGGCUUCCCCUGGGCAACCCGUGUCAUUGGCUUCAUCGCUCUAGCCACUCUCAUCGUGUCCAAUUCAGUCAUGCGCGUUCGUGUUCUACCAGCUGCCCGUCGCGCCGUCUUCGACCUCAAAGCUUUCACCGAACUGCCCUACCUCUUCUUCGUGUUUGGUGGAUUCCUGGCAUUUAUGGGUCUUUACGCUCCUUUCUUCUACAUUGAGAGCUACAGCAUCACCUACCACAUUACGUCGCAGAGCCUGGCUUUCUACACGCUGUCCAUCAUCAACUCGGCUUCGGUGUUUGGUCGCAUUGUUCCCAACCUGAUCGCCGAUCGCACUGGACCGAUGAACAUGAUCAUUCCUUGCUGUAUCAUCUCUGGAAUUGUUGCACUCUGUCUCAUCCCCGUCCGCAGCGAAGCAGCAAUCAUUGUCGAGUGUGUGAUGUAUGGCUUCUUCUCUGGAGCUCUGGUGUCGCUACCACCUACCGUGUUCGUGCAUCUAUCGCCCAACAGAGGACUUAUUGGAACACGCAUGGGACAGGGCUUUAGUAUCAUCUCGAUCGGCUUGCUGCUCGGCACACCGAUUUGUGGCUGGAUCCUGAACGGCAGUAGCUUUGCAUAUGUAUGGGUGUUUUCUGGAGUGUUGAUUCUGGCAGGUGGAAGUCUCAUGGCUGUGAGCAGAUUCUUCAAGGCAGGAGCUAAGCUCGCGCAAAAGGUUUAG